CUGCCAAAGCUGAAGAGAGCCGGGAGAAGCAGGGGGCUGGGGGUUGGGGAAGCAGAGGGACCGAGAGGGUGACCAAAUAGUGAAAGGAGCAGAAGAGAGAAAGCAGGAGAGGGAGGGAGAUGGCAGAGAGUGUAUAACUUUGGGGAACUCAGGAAGAGGCAGCAAAGGGAACAAACUUUUUCUCUCUUGUCUUGUUUUGGACUUUUGUGCAUUUCAUAGCGGACUUCAGUGCUGACAGAGCAGAACAAGGGAUACUCAUUCGUUUGCUUUCUUCAUUGAAUUGUUCUUUUUUUUUAGAUCUCCAGAGAUUAUUUUGUUUUGUGGUUCUUUUUAACAUUUUUAUCUGCUUGUUGUUUAACUGCCUGAGAUUUGAAGAAGGCGUGACCACACAUUUGAAAUCCUUCCAGAUUUAACAGCAACUGUGUCCACUUCUGGGACGUUUGUGGCUGCACUGAAACACCAAACAGACAUAUAAACACACACACACACACACACAUACACACACCUGUUGUUGCUGAGGAUUCCCCAGGAGCACGGUCAUGGACAUCUGUGUCCCUGUUGCUUGAGGGAAUCUGUGCGUGUGCGCAGCUGUUAUCUGCUGGUGGCCUCGGUGAAUGUUACAGUAGAAGCUGAUCUGCCUGUCCGGGGUAGAGGAGGGAGAUGUCAUCCUACUACCCACGCACCAAGGACCUGACUCGCACCAGGAAGUCACUGACAGAAUCGCCACCAUCGUCUCCGUCCCCUACAGAAAAAAACUACAGACAUGACAGAGUGUCAAGAUUUGAUUCCAUUGGAGAGAGUGCUACAGACAAGUCACUGGGCCGCACCAGCUCAUACACGCGCAGAGAGGCAAGGCUGGCUGCACUGAAUAAACAAGAACAAGACUCCACGGCCAAAGACUAUAAGAAGAUGUAUGCAGAAGCUUUGCAUGAAAAUGCAAAACUCAAGUCCAGGUUGCAGGAGAGCAAACAAGAGCUAGCCAAGAUACGUUCCCAACUGGAGAAAGUCACUCAGAGACACGGCACAAUAUCUGAAAGAUCUUCAGUACUUGAAUCAGAAAAAAGGGAAAAACAAACCCUUGAGAAAAGAGUGUCAGACAUGGAGGAUGAAUUAAAGCAGGAUGCCCCACUGCGGUUUCGCUGUGGGUACCAGCCCUGAGGGCAAGCUGUCUCAGGGAAGGGGGGACGGUCUUAACAGAGCUCAAGUCAGACAACCAGAGACUAAAGGAUGAAAAUGGUGCUCUCAUUCGAGUCAUCAGCAAACUGUCAAAAUGAAAAAGAUGUCCGAUGCUCCUCUUGUGUGUCUGUGGACGCUCCAAACCUGAAAUAGCGUUGUCAUUAUCCACAAGGUCCCAGGUUUUGACUCGUAUCUGAGUUACUGUAUGGUGACAGGCUAGUUUGGUUGCAUUUUCAGAAACAUCCUACUAAUUCCUGUUAGAACUUGUGAAGAUCCAAAGAGAAGUGUUAGCAAGCUUCGGUUAAUUUUACCAUUAUUAAAAUUAAAGUUUCAACUAUUUUUUUCCUUCAUCAUAUGUUGUUUGUUUUAGGAAUAUUUGUCACGUGUAUGAAAUAGGGACCAGGUGUACUGUUGACAUUUCAAAUCCAAACAAAUGCAUCAGAUUGCGUGAGGCUACUGUACCUAAUAAUAUGCCAUAUAUAACAUUUUGACACUUUUACUUUGGUUGUCACUUGUGCACUCCAUAAUCGUCUUUUAAUAUGUUUUUUAUUUGAAAGAGAAGACAGUCAUUGACUUAGACUGUUUGGAACUGUAGCUGUCUCCUUUAUUAUGAUGUGAGACGUUAAAGACGUUAAAAACUUAUCACAAAAACACUUUGACUUACUUUCACUCUAGGCUAAAGAUAGUGAAGCUUCAUAAAAUGCAUGUUUUGAGUUGUGUUUGCUUCGAUUGACAAUAUUCUCAGGUUUGUCACUCAGCCGUUGCUGCUCGCCACAGUUGAGUGCCUCGCAGAUGUGGAUUUCCUUGGAAAUCUGUGGGUGUUUUUCUACGGUUGCAGGGAUGCAUGAAUGUGAUGCACUUGACAAACCUUUGGAAAAACUAUCAUUCUAACAGGUCAGACACAAAUUUUAGUCCAAUUUUCAGCUUUUUGAAAAUUUGCUAAUAGACAUUUGAGUUUUAUUUAUCUAGUAUGCAAAAAAUGUAACAUGUAUAUGUGGGCUUGUUAAAGGAGACUGUACAAUAGGCCUGAAAGGCUACUUUGUGCAUGCACAUGUUAACAGUGCUGCUGUCAUUAGCAGCCCUAUGACACAUUCAAAAUGGUACACUUUCUGAGAGGAGAUGAUAAUAAUGUUUGUCACAUUUUCCUUUUUUGUGUUUUCAGCUGCCCUGCUUUUUUAAAUGCAUGUUCUUCCUAGAGGAUAUUUUUAUCGAGCUACUAUCUCAUUUUGAAAACAAAUGAAUGCCUGAAGAGAGAGACACCGCGAGUGCAAAUGAAAAUGCCGUAUAUAUUGUGUUUUGUAAUAGAUAUAUAUUUAUUUAUUUAUGGAUGUGUUAGUUUUAAUCUUUAUAUUUUGCCUAGUCAGUUUUGUUUCAAAGGAGUACACUGAUUAUUUUUUAGCUGACCCGUUGGCCUUCCUGUCAUUAGGCGAUUAAAAUACAAAUACCAGAAUCGUGCACUUCCUUGUUAUCAUUGCUCUGUGAGCCUUCACAUCAAUUGGGUGGCCUUAAAAAUCAGCAAAAGACAGCGCUGUGAAAUAUAAACUGUUAUCAGUUCUUUUAUUCUGUGAUGAUUUCUCACAAUUUUAAUAGGUUUUCAGUUGUUCAAAGACUUUGUUGCCAAUUUAUAAGGCACACCUAGCUUCAGAGCAAUCCUAUACUGCAGGCCUUUGAACAAACCAGAACUUUACCAAGCUUCUGUUUUUGAUUUGGUUAUUUUUGUAGGCUAUAUUUACUAGUGCUAUGGCGAUUUAAUAUCUUUCAAUAUUAGUGAUAUCAUGUUUUUAUUAGUUGCAGUAGGAAGGGAUUUCCUACUUGUAAUGGUUACUUAAGAACUAAACCCACAAUGCAACAAAGUAUAGAGAUUGUGAGUUUGCCUUAAAAUAGGGUUUAAUACAUUAUGAUUUAUAAACUAAGCUCUGCAUUUCAGAUUAAUUUGCAUGAAAUCUCCUUCUGUGCUGUACGUGGUGUGAAAGACACAGCAAGGAUUUUGGUAUCUGUCUUCUUUUCACUUAAUGGUUAAGUUAACAAAGGUACUCAGUGUUUAAUGUAUUCCUUAAACCAUGUGAUGGUUUUGGAGUCCAGCCAUGACACAUGCUGUAUUACCAGUGUUAUGUUUGCUCACAUCCAUUAAUUGAACUAUAAAUAAGCUACAGUAUGAUUCUGCUCUCUCUACAUGUGCUGUAGAUGUUCUGAUUUACGAAUGAUUGUAUAUUCAACAGUCUGAAAUGUGAGUGGUGGCUUAACACAGACACACUGCUUAAUUCACUCUGCUUAAUAAAUGGUAAAAGGAUGAAAA